AUGUCGCUGCCGCUGUUGGCAUCUCAGUGCGCCGCACAGAGCAUUGGUCCCUUCAAUACUAUGGUCAGCGCGUUAAUACAAGCGCUGCUCGCGGCCCAAUGUGCUAUCUCGCCGCCCGAGUUGUGGCCACCCGACUACGCGAAUGUGUUGCUGGGCCGCACGGAGCCAGAUGAGUAUGAUUUUGUGGUGGUUGGCGCAGGUUCGGCGGGUUCCGUAAUAGCUAGUCGGUUGAGCGAGAAUCCAGCGUGGAGAGUGUUGGUGUUGGAGGCCGGCGGCAACCCGCCGCAGGAAUCUGAGGUGCCCGGCAUUUUUUUUUCAUUAAAGCGUACAAAUGCGACUUGGAAUUAUUUAACGGAGUAUAGCGACAAGGCCUGCUGGGGUUUGGUUGAUCGGCGCUGUUAUUGGCCGCGCGGUAAAAUGAUUGGUGGUUCUGGUGGUGUUAAUGGUAUGCUUUAUGUGCGUGGGCAUCGCGGUGAUUACGACAGCUGGGCUCGGGCCGGUAAUACAGGUUGGGGUUGGAACGAUGUGCUGCCGUAUUUUGAACGUUCCGUGCAACCAGUGGGCAAUAAUACGCAUCCACGGGGUUAUGUAACACUCAGUGCAUUUCCAGUUAACGAUCCGGAUAUAGAACAAAUGAUCUAUGCAGGCACCGCAGAACUGGGCAUACCACGUGUACACUUAUUCACCGACGGCAGUGAGACCGGGUAUUCCAACUUACCGGGUACGAUAAUGAAUGGGCGUCGCAUGAGUCCUGGCAAGGGACAUCUGGCGAGUGUUGCCAAGCGCCCAAACUUGCGAGUGAUUAAAAAUGCACACGUGACCAAACUGAAUUUCGACAAGAGUGGUAAAAAUGUGCGCUCCGUUAGCUUCACUGUACGAAAUGAGAGAAAAAUGCGCGUGAAUGUUGGUAAGGAGCUGGUUUUGUCGGCGGGUGCAAUUGAAUCGCCAAAACUUUUAAUGCUGUCUGGCGUUGGACCGGCAGCGCACUUGAAGACAAUGCAGAUACCACUCGUGCAUGAUUUGCCAAUCGGUGAUAAUCUGUACGAUCACGCACAGGUUGUGACUUUCUUAAAACUGAACGAAGGUGUAGCAUAUAAACUUACGCCUCAAGAUAGCUUCGAUAGCAUUUAUAAUUACCUCAUACAUCGUAGCGGGCCACUAACAUCACACGGUGCAGGUUCGCUCACCGGCUUCAUCAAUACGCUUAAGAACAGCCCUUAUCCCGACGUAGAAUUUCAUCAUUUCAUUGUGCGUCGUGGUGAUUUCGCUGCCCUAGAAAUAUUUCUCCACGGUCUUAGCAUCAACGAUUACUUUAAGGCACAAAUACGCAGCGCUAUUGAGGUUUCCGAUAUUUUGGGCAUGUUUAAUAUACUCUCAACACCAAAAUCCAGCGGAAAUUUACGGCUGCGCAGCGCGGAUUAUAAGGAUUCUCCAAUAUUAACACACAACUACUUCAAUGAUGCGGAAGAUGUGGCCACGUUACUGCGCGCCAUACGCUUCCAAGAGCAACUAUUGAAUACCGCAGCCUAUAGAGCAAUGAAUGCUAGCCUAGUACUGCCUACAAUCGCCGAGUGCGACGCUUUUGGCUUGCAGAGCGAUGCCUAUUGGCGUUGUUACAUAAAAUAUUUCUCUGCCACCACCUAUCAUCUGUCGGGCACGGUGAAAAUGGCGCCCGCAACCGAUGGCACCAGCUGUGUGGAUCCACGUUUAAGUCUACGCGGUGUGAACAAUUUGCGUGUGGUCGAUGCUAGCAUAAUGCCCAAAGUGCCCAGCGCAAAUACAAAUGCGGCUACGAUUAUGAUUGCCGAAAAGGCAGCUGAUUUCAUACGGCAAGACUGGCGAGAUGCGUGGCAGCCCGUCUACUAA